UCUGCGCAUGCGUCCUGGCUCAAUCAACAACAUCAGGAGGAAAGAGGAGGAUGGCGGAGGAUGGGAAGGAAGAGUCGGUGGCUACUGACGACGAGUCAGACCACACAGCUGCAGACGGGACCGGCAGCCUAAACAACACGAUGGUGGAGGAGGGCUCCACGCUCCUCCGCAGGAUGGAGAUCUGCGUCGCCGAGGCUGAGAAGAGGAGUGGCAAGAAUGCAGUGAACAUGCAGGAGACGUUCACCGUGUACCUCAUCGAAACGCGGCCGAUGGAUGCAGUCGUUGAAGGUCGUAACCCAGCCCCCGACGCUCUGUGGAGGCGAUACAGCGAGUUUGAACUGCUGCGGAACUACCUGAUAGUCACCUAUCCGUACAUCGUGGUCCCCCCUCUGCCUGAGAAGAGGGCAGAGUUCGUGUGGCACAAGCUGUCUGCAGACAACAUGGACCCAGACUUUGUGGAACGCCGCCGGGUCGGGCUGGAGAACUUUCUACUUCGCGUGGCGUCACAUCCAGUCCUCUCCAAUGACCAGAUCCUCUACCACUUCCUCACUGAGGAACAUGGCUGGAAGGAAGUGGUGUAUGAAACAGGAUUUCAGGCAAAGGCAGAUUCCAGGCUGAGAGCUCUCAGUGCCACCUUCAGGGUGAGAAAUCCAGAUAAACGCUUCAUGGAAAUGAAACACUACAGCGAUGAGCUGCAGUCUCACACAUCUCAGCUGCUCCGAGCACGAGCAAGGGUUGCCGAUCGACUCUACGGUGUUUACAAGGUCCACGGGAACUACGGCAGAGUCUUUAGUGAGUGGAGCGCCAUAGAGAAAGAGAUGGGAGAUGGACUGCAAAGCGCCGGUCAUCAUAUGGAUGCGUAUGCUGCCUCAAUAGACGAUAUCUUAGAAGAAGAGGAACAUUAUGCAGACCAAAUGAAAGAAUAUCUCUUCUAUGCUGAAGCUCUGAGAGCAGUGUGCAGGAAACAUGAAUUGACCCAGUUUGAGCUUGAGAUGGCCUCCCAGGACCUCAUCUCUAAGAAGCAACAGCGUGAGGAGCUGGCUACAGGGAUUGUGCGGACGUUCUCCUUCAAAGGCAUGACCAACAAGCUUUUUGGACAAGAGGCACCUGAGCAGAGAGAGGCCAGACUGAAGCUGCUGGAGGAGCUGAUAGCCGAGGGUGAAGAGACUGUCAAGGAGAAAACACUUGAGUGCGAAGAGCAUGUUGAAAAGGCGUGGGUGGACAUGCAGCGCUUUAAGGAGCAAAAAGACAAAGAUCUGCGGGAAGCGCUCAUCAACUACGCUGUCAUGCAAAUCAGCAUGUGCAAAAAGGGUAUUCAAGUGUGGGGCAAUGCCAAAGAAUGUUUCCUCAAGAUGUAAACAUGAAGCCAUAUUCAGCCUCCCCCCUCACUGAUGCAGCGGUGGAUGCUGGGAAAUUGUGUUCUCUGGUACAUCCAGAGUAAUGUAACAAGUGUGUAGAUAUAAUGUUAUUUCAUACAUUUACACAAAAUGGGUUCAUAUGGAACUCAUCAACAGUGAGCUACAAUCCAGUGUGUACCAGGCAGGGAGAGACACCACUCCCAUAAUAUGCAUGUAUCUGUCCACAGCUAAUCCCCCCCCCCAAGGACCCUUUUGUGGUUGCAGUGAUUGAUGACUUUUGAAAAAACCUUUAUUGCUUUAUUGCUUUUAUAUUGCAUUUUUUUACCAAGUUCAGUUUGGAUCUAGUUUCUGCAACAGUAGCUGCCAUGUUAGUCUUUUGUUUAAAAUGAACAUCCCUGGUGUUUCGUGACAUAACCUGCACACCAUCUCCCCUUCAUUCCACAACUCUCACACUGGACACACAGCCUGUCCUGCACUCCCUGUUCCCCCCAGACAGGUGGAGA